UAACUCAACCUAGCGUCUGCGCUGAAAUUCAGAAUUACGGGAUUCAUUGUCCGUCAGAUCCUCCAGUGAUCGCUGAUUCAGGGAAAUAUGGGGGGUGUAGUGGAAGCGAACGGCGGUGGAUCGACGGGGCUGACGAGGAGGAGGGGAUGCUCGUGUACGAAAGACGAUUUUCUCCCCGAGGAGUCGUUCAAGAGCUGGGGGAACUACGUCAGCGCAUUGAGACAGACACCGGCUCGCCUGGCGGACCGGGUUCUCACCCGGUCGACUGUGGAGGCGGAAAUGGAGAUGAAGACCCGCAGUGGUAACGAGAUGAAGAGGACGCUUUCCUGGUGGGACUUGAUCUGGUUAGGCUUGGGUGCCGUCAUCGGCGCCGGAAUAUUCGUCCUCACCGGUCUCGAGGCCCACGAUGACGCCGGCCCUGCCGUCGUCCUUUCCUACGUUGUUUCUGGACUCUCCGCCCUACUCUCCGUCUUUUGCUACACCGAAUUCGCCGUCGAAAUACCUGUUGCAGGUGGUUCAUUUGCCUACCUUCGGGUGGAGCUCGGGGAUUUCGUGGCCUUCAUCGCUGCCGGAAACAUCCUCCUCGAGUACAUAAUCGGCGGCGCCGCGGUGGCGCGUUCCUGGACGUCCUACUUCGCCACCCUCUGUAACCACAAGCCAGAGCAAUUCCGCAUCCACGCAACCUCCCUAGCCGAAGGCUACAACCAACUCGACCCCAUAGCCGUCGCCGUCUGCAUAGUCAUCUGCUUAAUCGCCGUCCUAAGCACAAAAGGCUCCUCCCGCUUCAACUACGUCGCCUCAGUCGUACACAUCGCCGUCAUCCUCUUCAUAAUAAUAGCAGGCUUCAUCAAAUCCGACACCAAAAACCUCACCCCCUUCGCCCCCUUCGGCCCCCGCGGCAUAUUCAGAGCCUCCGCCGUCCUAUUCUUCGCCUACGUAGGGUUCGACGCAGUCUCCACCAUGGCCGAGGAAACCAAAAACCCCGGCCGAGAUAUCCCCAUCGGCCUCGUCGGAUCUAUGGUCCUCACCACCGCCAUCUACUGUUUAAUGGCCAUCGCUCUAACCAUGAUGCAGCCGUACACAACCAUCGACGUGAACGCCCCUUUCUCAAUGGCGUUUAAGCAAGUGGGGUGGGGGUGGGCCCAGUACCUAGUCGCCUUCGGAGCAUUAAAAGGGAUGACGUCAGUCCUCCUAGUUAACUCCGUCGGUCAAGCCCGUUACCUCACACACAUCGCUCGCACGCACAUGAUGCCGCCAUGGUUCGCCAAAGUCGACCCCAAAACCGGAACCCCGAUAAACGCCACGGUUGUCAUGCUCGCCGCCACAGCAGUCAUAGCUUUCUUCACAAAACUCGACAUACUAUCGAAUCUUCUCUCCAUCUCGACUCUCUUCAUCUUCAUGCUAGUAUCUGUUGCGCUUCUCGUUCGUAGAUUCUAUGUUAGCGGAGUGACAACAAAUGAUCAUCGAAACAAACUGAUCGUAUGCCUUGUCCUAAUUAUCGGAUCAUCGAUCACUACAGCUGCUUAUUGGGGAAUUAGCGAAACAGGGUGGAUCGCUUAUUGCAUAACGGUGCCCGUUUGGUUUCUUGCCACUGCAGGGCUGUGGUUUUUCGUACCUCAAGCGCAUAAGCCCACGCUUUGGGGGGUUCCAUUGGUGCCAUGGUUGCCUUCUGCUUCGAUUGCCAUUAACAUCUUUCUGCUUGGAUCGAUAGAUAAAGAUUCUUUCAUAAGGUUUUUGGGUUGGACAGGGUUUCUCCUAGCUUACUAUGUGUUUUUCGGUCUGCAUGCAUCGUACGACACCGCUAAGUUCUUUGACGCAAAGGCGAUACAGGAGAAGGCGUACAGCAAGGUCGAGGAGGGACAGGUGGCAUCAUCAGCUACACACUAGAUUAAUUAUUUUCCACUAGUAGUUUUGUUCUCCAAUUGUGCAUAUUUCUGCGUAAGUAUUUAUUUAGUUUGCAUUUCAUUAAACAUGAUACAACUCACAAGUUUCUAUUCA